AUGUCCGCCUUCUGCCUCGACCUGCACUCGGCGCCGUCGAGCGCCUCCACGCUUUCAGCACCACGGGAGCUGGACAGCGACCGCAUGGAGCCCUCGCUGGACUCCAGCCUGCAGGGCCCUCCUCCAGAAUCGGGAGGGCUCGAGGCUCCUUCGCUGCUGCGCGCGCCCGCGGGAGGCCUGGGCACGGCGCUCGAGGAGGAGCUGGCCAUGCUCACAUGCGAACGCGAGUGCGAGCAGGAGGAGGACGCGGCGGAGCUGUCCGCCGCCGAGGCGCCGCUGGAGCAAGACGUCGACCUGCUGGCGCUCUUCCGACAAAAAGAGAGGGACUUGGUCCUGGCUGCUAAACUCGGCAAAGCACUACUUGAACGAAACCAAGACCUCACCAAGCAAUAUGAGAAAAUGAACAAGGACCUGAACGAGAAGCUAGAGCACCUGGAGCAGGAGAAGCAUGAGCUGCGGCGGCGAUUGGAGAGCCGUGAGGGUGAGUGGGAGGGCCGCGUAGCGGAGCUGGAGACAGAUGUACAGCAGCUGCAGGGCGAGCUAGAGAGGCACCAGAUGCAGCUGCGCGAGGCCGACCGGGACAAGACCCGCGCCAUCACAGAGCUGUCGGAACAGAACCACCGUCUGCUGGAGCAGCUCAGCAGAGCUGCUGAAGUGGAGAGACAGCUGUCCACUCAGGUCCACUCUUUGCGGGAUGAUUUCAGAGAGAAGAGCCUCUCCACGAACCAGCACAUGACACGUCUCGAGAGCCUACAGGCAGAGCAAGGGCUAGAAAUAAAGAUGCUGUCGGAGCGUAAGCGGGAACUGGAGCGACGCGUGACCGCCGUGCUGGAGGAAAACGAGCAUCUGCAGCACACCGUGGACAGCCUGAAAGAGCGCACGCUCAUGCUGGAGAAGCAGUGCCACGAGAAGGACUUACAGCUGCGGCAGAGCCAGUUGGAGCUGCAGGAGGUGCGUGUCUCUCACCGGCAGCUGAGCACACGGCUGGAGGAGCUGAGCGAGGAGAGGAGCCUCCAAAGCUUCAGCCCCAGUAGCCACUCACUACUGUGUGAGAUAGAACAGAGCAUGGAGCAGGAGGAGCUGGAGCAGGAGAGAGAGCAGUUGCGGCUGCAGCUGUGGGAGGCGUACUGCCAGGUGCGCUCCAUCUGCUCUCAGCUGAGAGGAAAUGACAUCACAGACUCUGCCUUGUCCACGGAUUCCUCAAUGGACGAGUCUUCAGAGACAUCGUCCGCUAAAGACGUGCCUACGGGCAGCCUGCAGUCCAGCCUGCUGGAGCUGCGGAGACUGACGCAAAACUUACUGGACGGCAACGAGUCCACGGGUUCACGGCGCAGUGAUGAGGAGGUGCUGGAGGAGCAGGUGAGGAAGCUGGGCGAGGAGCUGAGAGAAGUGCGAGAGCUUUACGAACAGGAACAGGAAAGAGUGCGCAGCGCACAGGAAGAGGUGCUGCAGCUCCAUAAUCAGAUUGCGCUGCUCUCAUUAGAAGUAUGUUCGUCUCGGGAGGAGAACGAGAGAUUACGAGCCAUGUCGGAGGUUCGAGAACCCAGUGAACAACUGCAGAGCGCCAUCCGAGACCGAGACGACGCAAUCACCAAGAAAAAAGCAGUGGAGAUGGAGCUGGCUAAGUGUAAGAUAGACAUUAUGUCUCUGAACAGUCAGCUCCUGGACGCUAUCCAGCAGAAGCUCAACUUGUCGCAGCAGCUAGAAGCCUGGCAGGAUGAUAUGCACAGAGUGAUAGAUCAGCAGUUGAUGGAUAAGCAUCAGGAGGAAUGGAGGGACUCUCCGUACUCUUUCUCCGGGGCCAACACGGGCUCCCGCACCCACUCGGGACCCCCUUCCAGGAGACCCCACCGCCUCUCUGAUGGCGACAAGCGCCUCUUCUCAUUUUUCAAGAAGAACUGAGUCUGUGUAGAGAGAAAGAAGUAACGUUAAAGACAAGCAUCGAAUUUACGUGAUUCAAAUGUACAUAAUUUCCGCAUGAAUUAAAUGUACAGCUUGCUUACUGCCAACAGUAAGCAAAUUUAAAGUUGAUGUAAUGUUUAUUUAUGUUGAAAUUAUGUAUAGAAUUGAAUCAAGUAAAUUUAGUGCCUCACUUUUUUAAGUGUAGAGAGAGAAAAAGGGAGAGAGCAAUAGAGACUGAGAGAGCAAACCUAAUGACUGACCUAGCCAAAGACUAAGACUUUAGAGCGAAUAACCACCAAACGUCAGAAUCUUGUGAAGGCCUGGAGCCAUUUUGCACUUUAUCUGCCCCAACCACUCCACUCCUUCAGAUCAUUCUAGAUGAAGGCCUGGGGAAGUCAAUGCGAAUAUAAGAGAUUUACAGAAAGAGAAGGUCCUUGGCUAUUAUCCUCAACUGAUACAGCUUCAAGCUCUGCUUCAGGGUGAUUUGUACAGGGUUACCACAUUUGCCCCAUAUCAGAGGCCAGCUUCCCCUCCUAGUGCCUCAGACAUACUCUCCUCACCCUACUGCCAGUCACGUACAUUGGAAGUCUGAGAUUUAGCUCUGACAAACUGAAGGAUGCGUUUGGCCUUUAACUCAGGACGACUGUAGAAGGUUCAGGCUGGAGAUUUGAAGUCAGGCUACUGGUUGUAUUUUGUGAAUUAGCUGCAGCCUAACAGCCAGAAACAGCCAUUAUGUUAAUUCACACUUUCACAGGGGCCUUAUUCUCAGUCAGUUGUUUACUAGCAAAUACAAUGAAAAAAUGUACUCAGCCACAUGAAUAAAACACAGUACAUCAGCACAAUCAUUGCUGGAUUAUUAUUAGGUAAGCAUACUGUGCUGAUGUGGUGCAUUUUAUUGGUCUGCACAUGAUGUACGUAUUUGCAUACUUAAGCGCAAAUUCAGUGCAUCUCUUUUUCAGUGUAUGAAAAUGACAGUUAUGAGGUAAAUUGCAAAUCUAUGUAAUAGUUAUUAGACUUACUAGGGUCGUGCAUUCCAAAUAACGUUGAUAUCUGAGUAUCAGGAGAUGCUGAAUAGAUAUCAUGAACGGAUAUCUGGUUAACCACAGGGAAGAAAAGCAACAAAAAUGGGAAAAAAUGGACUUUGGCCAAAUUUAUCAUAGGGCUAUACACGUACUUUUUAGAUAUUUUAUUAUUCAAAAAUAGCUGCGGGAAAUCGGCAGGUUUUGCGUCUGAUGAGUAACAGAAGCUGCCUCUUCAAAUAAGCCAGUAAGCUAACACUAAAUUAAUGCAUUCAACACAAGUUCUUUUCUCGCCAGUGGACAAAAUGACAUGUAACUUUGUCAGAGGAAUGUAUUUUCACUCUUCCUGGAGAGAAGCUAGCAAAAAAAGUCGCACCAGAGCCGGCCGUGCUGUCUCUGUCUUCUCAGUGACCUUCAUAACACGUUCUUGGCAAUGCGCUCACGUUCAGAGACGUCAUAGUUUCAUAGUAGCAAAGACGUAUGUAACUUCACUCACAAAACUCAUAUUUUACAGUCAUGCUAAAACGAAAUCCACACUUCCCUGAAUUGUUAGCCAGUAUAUUUUCUCCGUCUCCUCAUGAUGAAACAUAAUGAAUACGUAGAUAAUGAUUUCACUGUUUGAAUACCAGCACCUCGAACAGUUAACCAUAACAGAGUACUCGAGU